UGCCAUAUCGUCUUGGACGAUCUGAGAAUAAGGAACUUGUGUGGUGCAUAGCCGUGUAAUACAUAUGGAGCACUGUGUGUAAGCAUAUAGAUGUACUAUACGUUUAUUUUACUGUAGGCCUACUUUAUCAUUUCAGCGACUGCAGUAAUGGCGUCGGAUUUGAAAAUGGAUGAAAAGAAUUACAACAAUAGUAUAAAGACUAAUAAGAAUGAACUAUUGGAUAGUAUACCAGAUUCUGAUGGAUCGCAAUCGUGUGGAUUCGGAAGUUGUACUCCUAACACUCUUCAGAAGUUUGCUACGCCCAGGUGGCUUCUUUGUGUAAUUUGCAUAUUCGUGUUUAUUCAAAAUAUUGUGACGAACGGGUUUGUGAACGUAGCCAUAACUACGUUAGAGCGCCGAUUUGACCUUUCAAGUUCUCAAGCUGCCUUGAUUUCCGGUUCUUAUGAUAUCGGUGCUGGGCUAGGAGUCGUCCCUGUCAGCUACUACUGUGCUAAUCGUCAUAAGGGAAAAUCAUUGACAGCAGGACUAAUUUUAUUUGGAUUUGGAUCGUUGAUAUUCUCUUCUCCGCAUUACUUCGCCCCGUCAUACAGCUAUGAUAAUGGUGUUAAUUCCAGUCAAACAUUCUGCUCCGUAUCUGACGAGAGCGAAGAUUCCUGUGCUGUCGGGGAUGAUGAGGGACAGAGUUUGUCGAAUUAUCUGUACGUUUUCAUAGUUGCUCAGCUCACAAUGGGCCUUGCGGUUACGCCACUCUACACCGUCGGAGUCGCGUACUUGGAUGAAAAUGUUAAACACAAGGUCAUUGGUGCUUAUAUAGGUAUCUUUUUGAUGGUAUCUAUCUUGGCUUCUGCAUUAGGAUUUGUGGCCGGAGGAAUAAUAUUGAACAAUGUUUACAUAAAUAUUAUCAAAAAUAGCAGCUCUACUCCGGCUUCAUCAUCGGCAGACUGGAUGGGUGCAUGGUGGCUAGGCUUUGUCAUCAGUGCCAUUUUCUGCUUCAUGUCUGCCAUUCCGAUGAGCUGUUUUCCAGCCCAUUUACCUGGCUACGAUGAGAUAAGUAAAGAAAAAUUAGAGGCGGCACGUUCGAAAGGAGAAUAUGACGAGGUUAUUUUGGUGUCCAGGACAGACUUUGGAAAGUGGAAUGACUUGCCUUCGGCGACAUGGAACUUACUCAAAAACGGCACUUAUCGAUACCUAACAUUGGGCGCAUGCUGCCAAUCCAUGGUGUUAUUAGGAAUUACAGUAUUUCUAGCCAAAUUCCUCGAAGUUAUGUUUUUGUUGAGUCCAGGAACGGCAGGGUCUGUGACAGGGUUAUUUGGAACAAUAUUCGGCGCACUAGCUACGAUUUUAUCAGGUUGGGCAAUCCGAAAAUGGAAAAUGGAUAUUCCUGAAAUGUUAAAGAUGAUUAUGAUAUCAGCAGUCAUUUUUGGGAUAGUAAUAUUUUCAUGUUUUCUUAACUGUCCAGAGCCUCCGUUAGUUGGUAUAUCCCAACCAUACGACUCUUCAUCCAGUAAAUCUGAAUUAAUAUCCCAGUGCAAUAAGGAUUGCCCGUGCAGCGAUGCGACCUAUAAUGCCGUAUGCGGUUCGGAUGGUCGAGUAUAUUUUGAUGCUUGCUUUGCCGGAUGUACAGAGUACCAUGAACAGUCUAAGACGUUUCAGAAUUGUUCAUGUAUAUUAGCACGUGAUGAUAAUGCAGAUCAACAAAGUUCGGCGACUGAUGGUGCAUGUGCAACUGAGACAUGCGCAAAUCUGUACUUAUAUCUGGCCUUGUUUAGUAUAGCCAGCGCAUGUAUAUUUAUCCCUGGCCCACCUGGUGACACCAUCACUCUCAGAUGUGUUCCACAUAGUCAAAGAUCGCUCGCACUUGCAGUACAAUGGCUAAUGUUACGCUGUCUUGGUACGAUACCAGGUCCCUUCCUGAUAGGAAGUUUAUUCGACGGUAGUUGCAUUCUCUGGAAUGAAAACUGUGAUGGUUCCCAGGGUAGGUGCCAUAAAUACGAUCGGUUGAAGCUCGGCGCACUCUUCGUCGGUGUAAGCGUUGGUUUAAAUAUAAUCGGCUUAGUGUUCUACUGCUUGUCAUACGUUUCACACAAGAGAAAAACACCGACAAAAUCUGAGGAGAAUUUAGACGUUUCAACAAUGACCGAAAACACAAUACUUUGAGAUGUCCUAACUUCAGUACAGAAAAUAAAUUCUUUCUCAAAAUGUGUAUUUUCAUAUAUUUUUAUAAUAUUUUAAUCAGUUUUUUAUUGUUUAUGAAAUUUUCUUGGUGGCUUAAUACAGUACUAUGUAAUUGAUAAGUACAAAUUCUACUAUUUCACGCGCAAUUACUGUGUAUAUUUGAAUGUACAAACACAGAAGUUA